CAUAUGCAGAUGACUAUCCAGGCUCUCCAAGAUGAGCUUCGGAUCCAGCGGGACCUGAACCAGCUGUUCCAGCAGGACAGCAGCACUAGAACCAGUGAGCCCUUUGUGGCAGAGCUGACGGAGGAAAACUUCCAACGACUUCAUGCAGAGCAUGAGCGCCAGGCCAAGGAACUCUUCCUGCUACGUAAAACCCUAGAAGAGAUGGAACUGCGUAUUGAGACGCAGAAACAGACCUUAAAUGCACGUGAUGAGUCCAUCAAAAAGCUGCUGGAGAUGCUGCAGAGUAAAGGUCUGUCAGCAAAAGCCACUGAGGAAGAUCAUGAGCGAACAAGACGGUUGGCUGAGGCAGAGAUGCACGUGCACCACUUGGAAAGCCUUCUCGAACAGAAGGAAAAAGAAACCAACAUGCUGAGAGAGGAGAUUCAUCGUCGAUUUGAAAAUGCUCCUGAUACAGCCAAGACAAAGGCUCUGCAAACUGUUAUUGAGAUGAAGGAUUCAAAAAUUUCUUCCAUGGAGCGUGGCCUCCGGGAUUUGGAAGAGGAGAUUCAGAUGUUGAAGUCAAAUGGAGCUCUGAGCACGGAGGAACGUGAAGAGGAAAUGAAGCAAAUGGAGGUGUACCGUAGUCAUUCCAAAUUCAUGAAAAAUAAGGUAGAGCAACUGAAGGAAGAGCUAAGUGCCAAAGAGGCUCAAGGGGAGGACCUGAAAAAAAGAGUGGCUGGUCUCCAGGCCGAGGUCUCUGCAAUUGGUCAGGUGAAACAGGAGCUGUCACGCAAAGACACUGAGUUGCUGGCCUUGCAGACAAAGCUGGAGACCCUCACAAAUCAGUUCUCUGACAGCAAGCAACAUAUUGAAGUUCUGAAGGAGUCUCUUACAGCUAAAGAGCAAAGAGCUGCUAUCCUACAGACAGAGGUGGAUGCAUUACGAUUACGUCUGGAAGAGAAGGAGACUAUGCUAAAUAAGAAGACAAAGCAGAUUCAGGAGAUGGCAGAGGAGAAGGGGACUCAAGCAGGAGAGAUCCAUGACCUCAAGGACAUGUUAGAGGUGAAGGAACGCAAAGUUAAUGUUCUUCAGAAGAAGAUUGAAAAUCUUCAAGAGCAGUUAAGAGACAAGGAGAAGCAAAUGAGCAGCUUAAAGGACCGAGUGAAAUCCUUGCAGGCUGACACCACAAAUACUGACACUGCCUUGACCACGCUGGAAGAAGCACUGGCAGAAAAAGAAAGGACCAUUGAGCGCUUAAAGGAACAACGUGACAGAGAUGAACGAGAAAAACAGGAAGAGAUCGAUAACUACAAAAAAGACAUUAAGGACCUGAAAGAGAAAGUCGGCAUUCUACAAGGAGAUCUCACAGAGAAAGAGUCAUCCUUACUGGAUCUGAAGGAACAUGCUUCAUCCUUAGCUUCAUCAGGACUGAAGAAAGAUUCAAGACUCAAGACGCUGGAAAUUGCCUUGGAACAGAAAAAGGAAGAAUGUUUGAAGAUGGAAACUCAGUUGAAGAAGGCUCAUGAGGCAACGCUGGAGGCUAGGGCCAGCCCAGAGCUGAGUGAUCGUAUGCAGCAGCUGGAAAGGGAGGUAACACGGUAUCGGGAAGAAUCUAGCAAGGCUCAAGCUGAAGUGGAUCGUCUUCUGGAAAUCUUGAAAGAGAUGGAAAAUGAGAAGAAUGAUAAGGAUAAGAAAAUAGCAGAACUGGAGAGCCUCACCUCAAGGCAAGUUAAAGAUCAAAAUAAGAAAGUAGCAAAUCUGAAGCACAAAGAGCAAGUGGAGAAAAAGAAGAGUGCACAGAUGCUGGAGGAGGCCAGGAGACGAGAAGAUAAUCUUAAUGACAGCUCCCAACAGCUUCAG